AUGGUUGAAGCUGAGAGGGGUGGUAUAGAGAUGCCGACUCAUAGCACGGCAUUACCCAUUGUUGACCCCGUCGACAUCCAUGUCGACAGGCUCUCUGUGCAUGUCAACAGCAUUACUGGCGGAUGGUUAGCCCCCAUACAAUUUCGGAAACAGAAGUUGGGAGGCACCCAUAGUGGGAUGCAGAAUCAAAUCUUACAUGACGUCUCUGUUACAUUCCCAAGCGGCUCCCUGGUUGCGAUACUGGGGCCAAGCGGAAGUGGCAAGACAACCUUGCUUAAUGCCCUCUGCAACCAGCUAUCUGCUCGAGGAAUUACCGUCACGGGCGAUAUAUUCUAUACGUGUUCUCGUGAUAUACACUCAAUUGGAUCCGCAUAUCUCCGACAGAAUGAUUUUCUUAUCCCAUCUCUGACAGUGCGAGAAACCUUACAAACUGCAGCCGACCUUCGCAUGCCGUCUAACGAUACGGCAUAUCGCUCUCAUCCCACGACCGGCCUAGAUGCAGCCAAUGCUCAUCACAUCGUUCAGCUGUUGAAAGAUCUGGCAGGAGAAGGCCGAACCGUCGUCGUUGCGAUUCACACACCGCGCCCUGAAAUAUGGGAGCUCUUCGAUCAUGUCCUGCUACUCUCUCAGGGCCAUGUCCUAUACAAUGGCCCGAGUUCUUCAGUUCGCGACUAUUUUGAGCAAUUUGGCCACUCCAUACCCGCAUGGAGAAACCCAGCUGAGAUCUUGAUUGACCUCGUAUCCAUGGAAGCUGAAGCAGACGCCUUAGCGAUGGUGUCAGCAGCAAGGAUUAACAACCUGAAAGAGCGGUGGAAAGCAGCGCAGUGCACUAUAGUCGAUAGCUGCCGAGUUUACCCGUGCGGUAGCUCAGUUGUCCGACAUGCUUCAUCUACUUCUCGCCAUCCAGUUGUGCCGCUUUCCCGUCAGCUGGAUGUGCUUACGCGGCGCACUAUACGGACAACAUUAAGGGGUCCUAUGAACCUAUUCGGUAGCUUAUCGAUCACAAUUGUACUGGGAAUAGUGACCGGUGCUGCCUUCUAUCAAGUUGACAGCAGUGCACAAGGACUUUGGUCUCGACAGGGAGCUCUUUUCUCAUUGCUGAAUAUAUACGGGUACCCACUGUUAAUCUAUGAGAUUUUUCGGCUUUCAUAUGAUAUACGAAUGUUCGAUCGAGAGCAAGAGGAAGGAGAUAUCCCAGGUCCUGCCAUAUCUUUUAUAGUAUUCUAUUUUCUUGUUGGCCUCUGGCGCUCUGUAGCCGAGGCUUUCCUUUUCUUGCUGAUACUGGUUCUAGCCACCUAUAUUUCUCUCACUGCCGCUGUCCUUGCGAUUGCGAUCUCCCGCGAUUUCGCAAUAGCUGGUCUGAUUGGAAAUUUGCUUUAUACUCUGCAAAGCUUAUCCGGCGGUUAUUUAGUACAUGUAGAGCAAAUACCGAUCUGGCUGCGAUGGUCAAAAUGGAUAGCCCAUAAUUUCUACCUUUACAGCGCGCUAUGUGCCAUUGAAUUUGUUGGUCCGGAGCAGACGCCACGGGGGCAUCUAUAUAGCUGUUCAACUAUCGCCAAUUCUUCGACAGGCGGCUGUACAGAGUCUUAUGGGAAAGAUGUCAUGGCAGGCUUAGGAUUUCCUCGCGAUUGGAUCUGGCAACCUAUUGUGGCCUCUUUCGGCUUUCUUAUCUUCUACACUCUGGUGGCUGCUCUGCUGCUUCAGCGCCCUCAAAUGGGAGCUACCAUGACUCCGGACCCCCAGCCGAGCCGCAGGCCUGGCAUUAUUGAAAGUACAGAGCUUCAACCUCUAACCCCAACACCACGUGCCCCAGGUGUGGAUAUCCAGUUAAACAGAUUUGCCCUAACUCUGACUAGGCGAAACUUGAAAGCCUUAUGGAGUCCCAGUCAUGAACUGCCAAUCCUCAAACCAAUCAACACCACAUUCCGACAAGGUGAACUUAGUGUCAUUAUGGGGCCUUCUGGGAGCGGGAAGACCACCAUAAUACACGCUCUCACAGCGCGCCUACCACGGAGGUAUCGAAGACAAGGCCAAGUUCUCUACAAUAGCCAUUAUCUACCCCCUUCCACGAUCAGAACUAUGUGCUCCUACGUAUCCCAGUUUGACUAUUUGCAAUCCUUUCUGACUGUCCGAGAAACAUUACUCUUUGCUGCAGAGCUGAGACUCCCUGGAUGGAUGACAAAAGAGCAAAAAUAUUGCAAAGUUGACUCCAUUAUCCAUACAAUGGGCUUGGCCUCCUGUGCGGGGACUGUAGUGGGAGAUGAUAAACAAAAGGGUAUUAGUGGUGGUGAGAAGAGACGAGUUUCAAUAGGUAUUCAGCUCCUGACUGACCCGAGGGUUUUGAUACUGGAUGAACCGACCUCAGGUCUCGACGCACACACAGCCGGGUGUAUCUUGAAGAAGCUAAAGGAUCUGUCAGAGGAAGGUCGCACUGUCAUCUGCAGUAUUCAUCAACCACGGUCAGAUACUUUCCCUUUUUUUUCGAACAUUCUUCUUCUCGCAUCGGACGGCUCUCCCGUCUUUGCAGGCCCUGGCGAGGAUAUCUUACAUUAUUUCCGCAGCCAUGGCUUUGAAUGUCCAAGUCCAAUGAAUCCAUGUGACUUUAUUAUCGAUUUAGUUACGGUAGACCAUCGAGACCAAGGAGAAAUAUCGAGUCGAACUAGGGUGCAGCAGCUGAUUGAAAAACAUACUGUCGCCCAAGCGAAUAUACAAGUGACAUACCCAGUACCGAUCACCUCGCAAGAGCGAAAAGAAAUGACAAAGGAUAUUAACUCCUUUUCAAUAUUGCUUCCUUUAGCAAUACGCCGCUCAGCUCUUGGUUUGAUUAGGCGGCCAUUUCAUCUGCUAUCACGCUUGGUUCAAGCUCCUGGGAUGGCAGCUAUCUUUAUUAUGUUCACAUCUCCCCUCUCAAACGACAGCAACUCUGUACAAACAAGAAUAGGUCUUCUCCAACAGCUUCUAACGCUUCUUGUUGCAGGCCUCCUCCAAAGUAUUAUAGUAUACCCAGGAGAGCGCGACACAUUUAAAUCUGAACGCAAUGACGGAUGCAUGACCGCAAUAUGCUUUCUCGUGCAGUAUACAUGUCUAGAGCUACCUACAGAGAUCUUCUCAGCCUUGAUCUCAAGUGCGAUUUUUACGUUCGGCCCGCCAACUCAGAGCACCUUCAUGAUGUUUCUCAUUUCAUCGUUCAACAUAUUCGCAAUUAUCAACUGCGGUGAGUCCAUCGGUAUUAUACUGCUUUCUCUCUUCGACAAUAUAGGUAUCAGCACUACCUUGACUCCGAUAGUGUUAUAUAUCAACUGGGUAUUUGCGGGCCUUCUUAGUACAUCAUUACCACGGGUGUUCCAAAUUGUGGCUUACAUCCUCCCUUCGAAAUAUGUUAUGGCUAAUAUUAUGCCAUACGCGAUGCAUGGCCUGGAAUUUACGUGCAAUGAACAACAUCAGCCAAGCAAACAAUGCACUAUCCAAAAUGGUAAGGAUGUCUUGAACUUCUACAAUUUCGAUAAGAACCCUCGUUUGAAUAUUCUGGCGCUUGCGGUGUGCAUGAUUGGUACUCUACGCAGUGGAAGGCUGCUCUCAAAGCCUAAUUCAGUUGCCGCCACUUUAUCAUGGUGCUCACUGCACACGCCCUGGGUGUUUCUCCAUUGCAAGGGGCUUUAUAUCCCUCCUCUUCCCUCGAAGAUUCCGUGA